UGAAUGACAUGUAACUGCAUUUCGUAUGUGAUAUCACUGUGUUUCCUUAUGUUAACAUAUUCUUAACAAAAAUAUGUAAUAUGUAAAAGUGCUUAAAGUGAUACUACUAUUCUUAUAAAGUAUUUACUCUAGAUUUAAUGGAAAGCAUUUUGGAGACAUGGAAGAUACAAUUACUAUGACAACCUUACAAAAGAAAAAUAAAGAAGUUAAGCUUUAAAAAAUUUUGGUAAAAAAUUAAAGAAAAAUCUAUCCAAAUAUGUAUUUAAAAAACAUUAUUUAAUAACAUCAUAGUCAAGGUUACAUAGCAAAGGGUGUUGUAUUCUGUUAGUAGUUUAUAGAUUGUAUUCAUACAUCAAUUCUGAUAAUUUAUUUAUGAUACUUUUAUGAACUUUCAAUGACAUUCUAUAACUCAUUCGAUUAUGUAUGCGAAGCAUAUGCACUAUGUCAUUGAUUGAUUUAAAAUAAAAAAUCUUUAAAAAAUAUAUUUAACAUUUAAAAAUGGGAAAUAACAUCAGAAAUUUUGGCUUGCUUUUACAUAAAAAUUUAAUAGUUAGGAAGAGACAUUGGAAAACAACAAUAUUUUUACAAUGUUCGGUACCUAUUGCUUUAUUUGUAUUGAUACAAGCUGUCAGAGAUUUUAGUGUACAACCAUCUCGUGUAAUCAAUGGAAGUACAUAUUAUCCUAUAGAAAAUAAAGAACAGUUAACAGUAAUAAAUAGAGACUACACAUUUUUAUAUUAUGUACCACACAAUACAUACACAAAAAGUAUUUUGGAAGAUAUAAGAAUAUGCAUGACACUCUCAUAUGAAAAUGUAGUUGGUUUUUUAACUGAAGAUGAUAUGAUCAAUGCUUACACAACAUUACAAGCCAAAUCUCCUAGUGUGGAAGUAUUAGGACUUGUGUUUGAGCAAUAUAAUACAACUGAUAUAAAAUACAAAAUCAGACAUACUUCCAAAACUGCAAAUGUAUUAUUUCAAAAUAUGCUUGAUCAACCUGGAUUUGAUGCACGUGCUCUAUAUGUAAAUGCCAUACCAUUUAUACCAUUACAAAUGUGUGUUGAUGAAGCUUUGAUAGAUCGCACAGUAUCACAUUCUUCAAUGGAUUGGAAGGUGUCAAUACAAAGAAUGCCUUAUCCACCUUAUAUUAAAAUAGAUGAAUCUGAUACAAUAUUAAGACAGGCGAUAUGUAUAUUUGCAGUCAUUGCUUUCUUAAUUCCACUUUGUGUAGAAAUAAACUAUGCAACGAAGGAAAAGUACAUUGGCAUAAAUGUUCUGAUGGCAAUUAAUGGGGUGAAAGAAUAUCAGAAUUUAUUAAGUUGGUUGCUCACUGGCAUUGUAUUCAGUAUUUUUUAUAUAGGACCAAUAAUAAUAUUAUUUAAGAAUACAUUUUCUGAGAAAGUUGAUCCAUACCUAUAUUAUAGUAAUACUUUCAUAUUUUGGCUAAUACUUACAAUGCAUGUAAGUCAUUUAAUAUCAUUUGGUAUGCAUAUUGCUGCAUAUUUUUCAAAAUCACGUUUUAUGAUAACAACAUUAACAAUUAUUUAUACUGCUUCUUUUUCACUACAUGGAAAUUUGAUAAGGCAAGAAUUCUUUUCAAUAAUGCCAUAUUUGGGAAUAUUGUUCCCAAAUAUAUUACUAUAUAGAUUCCUUGAAGAAGUAAAUGGAUAUGAGACUCAAUUAACUGGUAUUCAAUGGUCAAACAUGUUUGUUGUUGGAAACACGCAAUAUAAUACUACUGGGUGCAUCGGAUUUAUACUUAUCUUCUCAAUUAUAGGUGCUUUCUUACAUUUUAUUCUUACUAUAUAUAUUAAUGCCAUACACCCAGGAAAAUAUGGGGUUUCUAAAGACCCACUUUACUUUUUGAAGUAUUUAAAGAAGAAUAAAGUAACUUUUGAUGACGAUAUAGAAGAUUUUGAUUAUGGAAAUUUAGACAAUGAAAAUUUUGAACCAGUUGUAAAUGGUGCACUUACUCCUGGAAUUCAAAUUCGUAAUCUUAAAAAAACAUAUAAAAGUAUUUGUUUACGAAAAUCAGAAGUCCAAGCUUUAAAGGGAAUUUCAAUGGAUUUAUAUAAAGGACAAAUAACUGCUUUACUGGGACACAAUGGGGCAGGGAAAACUACACUCAUGUCUAUUUUGACAGGUGUAAUAAGUGCAACUGAAGGAAAAGUUCUUAUAAAUGGUCAAAACAUAGUAAAAAAUUUGCAAUCUAUUAGAAAUGAUUUGGGUUUAUGCCCUCAAGAAAAUAUGGUUUUUCCCGAUUUGACUGUAUUUGAGCAAUUAGAAUUUUUUGGUCUACUGAAAGGUGUAAAUAAAAAGAGGAAAGAAAUCAAACAAAAUAUUAAUGUCUUACUUGAGAAGUUCAAACUGCAUGAAAAAAGAGAUGUUCUCCCAAGCACGUUGUCUGGAGGACAAAAAAGGAGAUUGUGUCUUGGGAUGGCUCUUAUUGGUGAUGCUAGUACUAUAAUUUUAGAUGAACCAACGUCGGGAAUGGAUCCUGAAACUAGAAGAGAUAUAUGGGAUAUUAUAUUAAAAAUAAGAGAGAAAAAAACGAUUUUGAUCAGUACACAUAAUAUGGAAGAGGCUGACAUACUUGGAGAUCGAAUUGCCAUUGUACAUGGAGGACGAUUAAAAUGUUAUGGCACAUCGAUGUUUUUGAAGAAACAGUAUGGCUACGGCCAUAUGGAAGUUACUUUGUCAACAAAAUCAUGGUGCAGUCCAGCUAAAGUUAUAAAUCAAUUUGAUCCAAGGGCGCAACAAAUAAGCGUUGAUAGUGAAAAGAUCGUUUUAAGCGUACCGAACACUGAAACUUUACCGCAAUCUUUGGAUAAAGUUGAAGGCCAGAAAAGAAAUCUGGGAGUUACAGGGAUUAGCGUAUCACUCAUCACAUUGGAAGAAGUAUUCUUAAAAGUAAUUAAAAAUGAGGACAAUGGAAAACAUUUGAACGAAUUUUUCUGUCCUCCAUCGCAAAAGGUAGAAGGAUGGAGUUUAUGUAUGCAAUCAAUUUUAGCAUUAUAUCACAAGAAAUUGACGUACACUAAAAAAAAUUUGAGUAACACAUUAUUAAUAUUGUUUUUGCCACUUUUGUCUGUCGUGUUAAUGGGUUUAAGUUAUGAUACUCCUACUGAUUCAACAAAUAUAUUUCCAUUAGAACUUAAUAUAUAUAGACAUUCAAAAGUUCUGUAUUCUUCCAAAAACGAAACUACUGGCACGAUGUACGCAAAUUUAAUCAAAUAUUUUGGUGGAUUUGCAGAAGAGGUAAAACAAAAUACAAGCGUUACAGAAGCCCUAUUGGGUAGGGCGGUCGAAAAUAUUGCAGAGUAUCGUAAUAAUUACAUUGUCUCUGCAGAAUUUAAUAUUUCUGAUGAUGUCCUGUUUGCUAAUGGUUUUUAUUCUGGAAUUGCAAUUCAUAGCAUGCCCUUAACUAUAAAUUUAUUAUCAAAUGCGCUAAUCAAAGCUGUGGCUGGCGAUGAAUAUUCUAUUCGUGUUUCAAGUCAGAAAUUACCAAGUGCUUUAUCUGCAACACCACUAUACAUGAUAGAAAUCAAUUCUCUAUUGAGAGUAUUGGCCUUUUGUUGUUUCUUCUUUCCAACUGUUGCACUUUUCAUCGUCCAUCCUUUCCAGGAAAUGGAAAGCAAAAUAAAGCAACUCCAGAGAAUGACGGGAAUUAGCUCUUUUUCAUACUGGCUUACUAUGUUUACUUUCGAUUUAUUAGUUCUUACAGUAUCCAUAUUUAUUAUCAUAAUAGGAUCUUAUAUUAUGGAUGUUAUUUUGGAUAUACGAUUAUACUACAAGAGAGAAAUAUUGAUAAUGAUAUUAUUGCUAUUGCUUUUUGGCAUAAAUUCUUUAUUUAUAUCGUAUAUCUUCAGUUUUAUAAAUAAAUCGAGAAAUACUAUAAUGACUAUUUUAUCUAUUGUACCAAUUGGAUUGGUUUUAUUACAUUAUCUCCUUCAGGAAGUGCUUGGUAAUUUUCCAUGGUUGAAAAUUCUUUACUCUAUCCAAAAAGAAAUAUUUUAUCUGAUACCUCACAUAAGCCUAUUUAAUGGUCAAUUAUCUUUCUUCAUCGCAGCUCUGCAAAAUGCGAGAUGUCGUCGAUUACCAAAUCGACUGCAAGAGGUAGUUUGCAUGGGUAUUCCGGAUAUUUGUUGUGCUUUGAACUGUGCGGAUGGAGUAUGCAGGAACCACGUUUCUUACUUUUCUGAUCAAAAAUUUAAAAUGAGUUUAAAAAAUUGCAUUACAUACCUAUCUCUCACUCCGUUAAUGUAUUUUGCUAUACUUAUUAUUUUAGAGGAACGAUUACCUCAUAAAUUCUAUGCUAAAAUAUUCAGUAAAAAUUUAAGAGAUCCAUGCAAUAUACAAGAUGAUCAAGUGGAAAAGGAAAAGCAUACAGUGGCAAUAAAAAUCAGAAAAUUACAAAACCGUGGUGCAUCGAAGAAAAUGAACGAGGAACCAACUAUCGAAACAGUUCCUACUAUCGAAAAUAAUUGCAUAGAAAGCCCAAAUAACAACGAUAGCCUGUUCUUAGUUUAUGAAUUAAGUAAAUAUUACGGAAAGUUGAUGGCAGUACAGGAAAUUAGUUUCCGUGUGAAGCAACGAGAAUGCUUUGGAUUGCUUGGCGUUAAUGGUGCUGGGAAGAGCACCACAUUUAGAAUGUUGACUGGUGAAGAAAUACCAAACAGUGGAACUAUGUACUUAGGAAAAUCAGAAAUUCAUACUGAUAGAAAAAACUAUCUUGCUCAAAUGGGAUAUUGUCCACAAACUGGUGCAUUGCUCAAUUCCUUGAAUUCAUUCGAUCAUUUGCGACUUUUUGCAUUGCUUCGCGGUAUUCCCAGAGCGAAAGUGGAUUUAGAAGUUAACAAAUGGAUUGAUAGACUUAAUUUAAAUUCUUGUAUGCAUCAACCGAGCGGUACUUAUAGCGGAGGGAAUAAACGACGAUUGAACAUUGCUAUGGCACUUAUUGGAAAUCCAGCUCUUGUUCUUUUGGAUGAACCAACUACGGGAGUCGAUCCAGCAGCUAGAAGAUCGCUCUGGAAUAUACUCCAGACCUGCCAAACAAUGGGACAAGCUAUUAUACUCACUUCUCACAGCAUGGAAGAAUGCGAAGCUUUGUGCAACAGACUAGUCAUUAUGGUGAAAGGUCAAUUGGUUUGCGUCGGUGCAAGUCAGGAAUUGAAGCAACGAUUCGGCGCUGGUUACGAUAUUCACGUUAAAUUAAGUCCCAGCCGAACGGACGAUGAUGUCAGCAGUAUAAAAAGUAUUAUAGAGUCUUCUCUAACGUGUGAACUGAGGGAUGAGAAUUUGGGGCUUAUCGCGUAUCAUGUGAGUGAUAUUAAAACGACAUGGGAGAAGAUGUAUAAUACAAUGAAUGAUUUAAAAGCGCAAUAUAGUUGUAUCGAUGAUUAUGCUGUUUUGUCAGCUACAUUAGAACAACUUUUCAUUCAGUUCGCUAGAGGAACUGAAUUGACAAAAGCGCUUACUGUGGAUUCCACUACUCAGACCACUAAUGUAUAAAUACCGUCAGAUAUUUUAACAAGUCUUUCAGUUAAAUAAAUGUAAAUGUAUCUAAUUUUUUUCUAAUACAUGGUUUUACGUUGUAGUUUGUGAAUCUUAAACACAUAGCAAAUGUUAAUUAAGUUAUUUAUUUCAAGAUGUACGUUUGAAUCACAAAAGAAUAUUUUUAAAGACUUGCGCUGA